AUGGCGUCGAAGGCUUCCCAACGCCCCUCGCAGCGGCCCUCGCAACCAGCAUCAAAGCUAUCAAUUGCCUUGACAAACCUGUACCAAUAUCUCAGAGAGGCGAGGAACGCGGAGGGAGACAUCAAAAGCCAUGCCGACGCAAUCAACCCCGUGAAUGAAGCACUGAGAGCCCAACGCAAAAGCUCCACGAAGAUAGACAGGUCAUGCGUGAUUGACAUUGUAUCUGAACUGGACCACGAAAACCACACGGUCUGCAGUCGUCUUGACGCGAAGCUUUACAGCGUUAUCAUACAGAUACUUCUGGAGUCAGAGGACUGCCGCCAGGGCGAACGUGGCAUGUAUCUUCUCGCGGCUGCAUUGUACUACGAUGCCAAUUCAUCACCCAAGAAGCGCAGUACCAACAAGAAGGCUGCGAUUGGCGCCGAGUGCUUGCAUCCACUACUAUACUACUUCAUAGACGAUAGCAAGCCUGAUUGUAUGAGACAAUGGGUCGGUAUAAUGUGUCUGCAGCUUUUCCAAGAAUGUGAUAGUAAUGUCCAGAAAUUUGAGCUGGGUCCUGAAUAUGCCAGGCGUAAGCAUGGAGACUUGGUGCUCAAGGAGCCAAAUGAAAUCAUCCGAGUGAUCUGCGGUCAACUGAUCACAUGCGUAAUGCAAGCUGGACUACCCCCAGAGCAUCUUUGGCCCGUCGAUGUUGACAAGCAACUAUAUGCCAACUUCCCCACCGUAUCUCAAAGCAGCAGGAAAUGGAAUCGCCAAUUCCAGACCUACAUGGACAAUGUAUUCGAAAUACUGCAGCCCAGAGACCCGAUCGGACAAAUGUACUUUGUCCAGAAUGUCUCUACAACACCUUCGCACAACUUCGGCCCCGAAGAUCAUAACAUCAUCGUUCUCCUAGAGAGUUCUAGGAUGCUCAUCUGGUCAGCGGCUAUCGCAGAUAGGGAAAUCUUCGACCAAAGCCUCGAAAUACCAUUAAUGGCAAUCAAGAAGAUGCUCAUUAAGACGAGAUCCGAGUCUCAAUUGAGCGGCAUAGUGAACGUCCAUCUCUAUCUCGAGAACCGCGAUGGCCUUUGUUGCUACCUUGACUGCGUUGGUAAUGCCUUGGACCAGAUUUGUAUGGUACUGCAAUUAUCAGCGGUUACUGAGAUGAGAGAUGAGCUGUGUGCGCUAUACUCCCACUUAGAAGUCAUCGAGGAAAGUUAUGAUUCGUCGCAAGAGACCGGUAAUCAGAUCAGCCAGCAAGGAUUCCAACGUGAGAGUAUACGAAGCAGUCGAAGCGAGGAUGCAGUACUCUGCAACGGCGAUGGGAGCUCACAGGUCAAACCUCAGCGCUUAGCCUCACAGAACAACAAGGCUUCCAAACCUUUCCCGGCAGCUAUCCCUGAAACUCAAGGAGAAGAUGAUACUAUAUCGAAGGAAAAGCUUGGAAUUGCAGGCUCCGACGCAAAUGGCCCACAGGAGGAGUUGGACGAACUUUCUGAUGGCAGCCUAUCCAAAGCUUCCAAGAUGCAGAUUUCAAAGUCUCAGACUCAUGCUAGUGCGCCUAAGAAGCCUAAUACGAGGGAACGGAAGCGCAGAUCUGUGCCAAAACCAAAGGCCAAGACACCAAUUUGGCAGACACAGAAAUCCAAGAAAGAUGAUUCAGGACCUGCGCCAACAUUAGAUGGGCUGGCAAGCGUGAAAGCAGCUCAGACUUUGUCGAAGGAGCUCACUGUUGAGAAGUUAAGGGAAUACACGGAGAAACUGGGCGACGAAUUUCCUUUCACAUAUACUCCGACUCGAAGGGCUGCAGUCCUUGCUUUUAAAGGCAAUUACCAAGAAGCCUCGGACUACCUUUACGAUAGAUUUGAGGAUCGAAGCUCGCCAAUUGUACGCGCAGAUAAAGUUAACGGUCAAGUUGGCUCAGAACUAACUGCAAACCCUGAAGCCACCGAUACAUUGAUUCUCAAGCCAGCUACCAAUGGAAUUGAGAAGAAGAAAUCCACAACAAGUGCAAACAAUAUACUAGGUCCGACGAUAACAGAGACUCAAACCAGAAGUGAGCAGCUGAACAAAAAGUUAACGGGUGCAAAGAAAGGUAGCCCAAAGAAAUAUUCACUCAAUCGGACAUUCAAGACACAUGAAGACGAUGACUGUUAUGAGAUUUCGAUCGAAGAAGAUGAUGAAUAUCAGCCUACUGGGCCCAAAAACAGUUCAAAAAUAGGUGCAAAGCUUGCUAAACCUUCGAGAUCUGCCCGGAAGUCUGCCGCUGUGAAGCCAAAAUUGACGAAAGUUGAUAAAAAGAAACGACAGUCAGCGCCAGCCGCACUCGAACACACCUCUACAGCAACCAGAAGUCGGAGAUCGGCGGCUGCUACGGCUAACAAGAAGCUGAAGGACACGGAUAACAGCGACGUGGAGGUCCAGGAGGUCCAGGGGGCAACCCCAAGGAGCGACAAGCCAGACUCUGGAGGGGAACAUGAGCACCCUACGACUGCAGAAGAGCAACAACAAUCCGAGUCUGUAUAUCAGGGGAUAGAAGUGGGACCAAUUAUUCCUGAAUUUCCUGUAAAUGCGGAGAUAUUAAGACAGCAACCAGAUGAUGGGCGCUCAUUGGUAUUUAUGCACGACAAAUUUCCGAAUCAGGAGUCAGACAACUUGUACGACGCCAGCCCUAGAAAACCUAUGGCAAAGAAGAUGUUUCUGCAGGCUACGAAGCGAGACAAGAACUUCCAUGCUACUUCGAAGAAAGGUUCCAAACUCUUGGAAGAGAUGGCAUCUAAGAUGGACAAUAUGCUGGGGCACCUCGAGGAUGAGGAAGCUGGAAGAUCUCCUCUUGUUUCUAAUUCGGCCAAAGGGGAGAAGGCACAAGGAACAGCUGUGCCCAACAUCGAGGACGCGAAUGAUCUGAAGUUGUCACCUGCAAAUAAAAAGGAAUCUCUUCCAGACCCAAUCGAGGAAAACAACCCCAAGAACAAUUCCAAGACAACUGUUACAGAAAGCAUGCCCGCUUUACCAACUACCAUUGAAAUUGUUUCGUCGCCACUCGACAGGAAUUCUGAGGCGAGAAGUGCUUCAAUCGAAAUUCAGACAACUCCGAGCAUAGGGAAGAAACGCAAGAGCGCCGAUAUCACGUCCACACUUCGCAAACGUCGAAGGUCGAAUCAAGUUGCAGAAAACGAACGAUAUACUCCAUGUCGGAGCUCUAGAAUCGGAGCAUCUGCCCAGCAAAAGCAACCCAAUGGAGAUUGGAAUACGCACAAGAGCAAGAGAAAAUCUCUUACCCCGCCAACACGACGUAGCCCGCGAUUGAUAGCACGGGCGAUGGCUGCAUCAGAUAUCUUGAACAGUGUACCAUCCGUUAAAGUACUGGUCGACGAUCAUAUUUUUCGCAAGCCGCCCGUUAUCAGUUUCAAUGAAAAGGGGCCAAGAAACCAGGGACCGUCUAGUAUACUGAAGAGCUCGGCCAGACGUCCCCAGCUAGUUGCACGGCCCAGAAUAUCACCAUCGGGAGAAGAUUCGGUACAUUCCCGGAAGAGAAAAUUAGAAGUCGCAGGCGAUCGGGAGACGGCCAGUCCUUCAAAUAAGCGCCAGAGUAUUAGCCCCGAAGAUGAUACUGUCUCCAACAUGGAAGACCAUGGCUUUGCAAGCAGCCCUCCAGUACCGCCAUUUAUCGAGCCCGCGUCGCAAGUAACUGCUUUUGGGAGAAAAGGAGGCACCUCUUCCCGACGUGUUUCGAAACCCAGUUCUCAGGCUUCGCGAGUCGACAUAAACGGUAGCCCAAUUGCUCUAAAAAGCCAUCAGAUCGAUCGCAUUAGCAAACUGAAGCGAAGGCUCCUUGCAGAUCGUUCUGUUGAGUCGCACGCCCCGGAGCCAUCUCAACAUAGAGGGCUCCUGGUUCAACAAUCUCCAGGGAUAUUCGGCCCCAAGCUUCGUCUAUCAAGCAUACCAAAGGCACGUCCAUCCUCGCCAGAAGAAACACUCCCUCGUUAUAUCGCCCACAAGAAGACCCAGAGCGGAUCAUAUGAGGGCAUUAAUUCUAAUGGGCUCGUUGUACCCGAAACUGCAUUGGCGGAUCCAUUUCUUGAUAAACCCACCAACUGCUCGAGCGAUUUUACCAAUCGUCUCUUAGCUGGCUGUUCAAAAGCAGGUGACAACCCCAACGCGGGAAGUAACCAGGGAAAAGGCAUAACCUCUCAACUUUCAGAGAGAACCCCUGUUUGUGCCGAAAGGUUGCCACAGCAUGUCAACAAGUCUUUGAAGAUCAAGGGGAACAGUCGUCUGGGGAAAAGGAUUACUGAGAUGUUGUUAGAUGAGACUAAACAGACCUUUGCUGAUGCCGAGAACUUACAAGAAUCCGACAUUUCUUCUCCGCCUGAACUGACCAGUGCCAGUACCCGCGAAUCACUCACUGAGUUGCAAUCAAGAUCUCCCUUGUCUGACAAGCGUGGAGCGAAAAAUCUGUGGAAUCUGGCUUUGAGGCCGCACUAUGAAAAUCUCUCGGAGACAAUGCAUCGCAUUGCAGAUGAGGUCAUAAUUCGCCUUGCUAAGGAAGAAGAUAUUAUGGAACUCCUCGUUACUCAGUACAAGCAAAAUGGAAACAAGAUCCUUGAUAAGCUUGCGCACAAGCGUGAAGGGGAGAAAGCGGAUAUGUUGCUAGAUCUCAACCACACCAAGAGGGAGAUGAUCUCAAUAUAUAGAGAUGCCAGGGGAUUUGCGGACACAACAAAACAGAACAUCGAAAAAUCCCCGGUUGCCGGCCUGGAAAAGCAGUGGAAGAAAGAUCGGGAGGAGGUCCAACGGCGAAUCGAUCAGGGCAGGCUGGCUGCGGGCGAAGCAAAUGAGGAUUAACGCGAAGAGCGCAGCAUGAUUGCCUAAUGAUUGUUGUAUUGAUGGAGAUAAUGCCAGGGCUAUUCCUUUGAAUUCGGCAGUUGUAUGGAUGAUGAUAAAGAAAUGCCGAGGCCUGAGUGUAGUGAAGGCGUUUGGCUUAUGAGCUGUGGGUGUGCUCCGUCAGUUGGAG